GUAACUUUGUCGUGUUGGAGAUUGGAUCGAGGCAGUGAUUCAUCUUGCGGCGAUAUUUAAUCUUUGAUAGCUCAACCCGGAAGAGUUGGUAACGUUAGUUAGAUGAUGAUGAUCAUGUUGUGCUAAAUCAAGAGGAGUUUCCUGUCUCACCGCAGGAAUGCCAGGUGUAGACUACGGGGAGCUCGGGGGCAGCCUCCCUGCCAUCGCCUCCUUGAACGCUUCUUACUCCACGUCGCUGUCCCUUCCUUCCCCGUACAUGUUGGUGCCGCUCGCAGAGCGCAAGGCCAUCUCUGACGUCCGCCGCACCUUCUGUCUCUUCGUGACGUUCGACCUGCUCUUCAUCUCCCUUCUGUGGAUCAUCGAGCUGAAUAUCUCCAGCUCAGGGAUCUGGGACAGCUUAAAAAAUGAGGUCGUCCUUUAUAACUACAGGUCUUCCUUCUUUGACAUCUUUCUCCUUGCCGUGUUUCGUUUCCUGUGUCUACAAGUGGGUUACGCUGCUUUUCGGUUGAAGCACUGGUGGGUCAUUGCAGUUACCACUCUUGUGACCAGCGUCUUCCUCGUUGUCAAGGUCAUCGUAUCCAGUCUCCUUUCCCGGAAUGCCUUUGGCUACGUGAUACCCAUCACUUCGUUUGUGGUGGCCUGGCUGGAGACCUGGUUCCUCGACUUCAAGGUGCUCACUCAGGAGGCCGAUGAUGAGAGAGCGUACCUGGCGGCGGUGAACGCAGCCUGCGAACGAGCCCCCAUGAUCUACCCCCGGGCUGUUUCAGACGGACAGUUUUACUCUCCACCUGAAUCUGAAGCAGGGUCUGAAGAGGAUCUGGAUGAGGAGGGUCUCGGACGCAGAGCUGUCACCUCACAGGAGAAGGAGUACGUCAGACAGGGUAAGGAGGCCAUGACUGUGGUAGAACAGAUCCUAGCCCAGGAGGACAACUGGAAGUUUGAGAAAAACAAUGACAUGGGAGACUCUGUCUACACUCUGGAGAUCCCCUUCCAUGGAAAGACUUUCAUUCUGAAGGCCUUCAUGCAGUGUCCUGCUGAGCUUGUGUAUCAGGAGGUGAUUCUGCAACCAGAGAAGAUGGUCCAGUGGAACCGAACAAUUUCUGGCUGCCAGAUCCUUCAGAGGGUUGACGACAACACUCUGGUGUCCUAUGAUGUGUCCUCUGGAGCAGCGGGGGGAGUUGUGUCUGCGAGGGACUUUGUUAAUGUUCGCCGAGUGGAACGCAAACGAGACUGCUACCUGUCUGCUGGCAUGGCAACCGAACACGACGCCAAACCUCCCAUCGGUCGUUACGUCAGAGGAGAGAACGGGCCGGGAGGAUUUGUGGUCCUCAAGUCCAGCAGCAACCCGUCCGUCUGCACCUUCAUCUGGAUCCUCAACACAGACUUGAAGGGCCGACUGCCCCGCUACCUCAUCCACCAGAGUCUGGCCGCCACCAUGUUUGAAUUCAUGUCCCAUUUACGCCAACGUAUCUCUGAUGUGCGGCCCUCUCUCCGCUCCCUCCACCACAUUUAAAACAGGAGAGACAUCUAACUGCCCCACAGCUGGUGGAGAGGCGUCACCACUGUUUUCUUUAAGCGGACCCCUGACACGGGCGCAGCAGCACCCUCCGCUGAAGGGAUGUGCUGCCGUGAGUUUCUAAUCACAGGAGAUGAGAGACAUUUCAGACACGAGAGAAGAGGAGUUUUUCAGAUUUCAAAGACAUUUUUUAAAGCGUGAUCGCAUACAUAUUUUUAUGUGGACCUGUAAUUGUUUCGCUGUGUCCCUCGCCAUGCAAUGGGAACUAUUUUCUUGGACCUGCCAAGUCAUCUUGUGGCAGGGUGGACAUUACUGAAACAAGAAGACCUGUUUGGGCAUCUGUCUCACUUGUUACAAAAGAACUGGUGCAAUGGCAUGAAGCAGCUGUCUCUCUGAGCCUUAUCUUAGUCUGCACACAUUGUUAGCCAUUGAUUUGCUGCUUUUGUUUGUUUGUUUCGAUUAUUCUCUGCGUAUGUUUUCACUGCACCAUCCUAAAACGUUUCUCUGGUGUACUUGCCCUAAAACGAAUCCACACUUCACAGCCGUAUACUCGACAAACACUCAGUUUGAAUGGGUAAAAGCCAUUUCCACACAGUUCUUCUCCUUUACCACACUGUGAUAGAGUAGUCUAAUCACCACAAGAGGGAGACACCACUGAUCCACAUACUGUAGUGAGAGCCUCUCAGUUUGACAUCAUCCCCUAUCCCAGGGUGCAAAAACCUAUCCGUUAACAUUUGAUCAACUGUUAUUACUGCUCUUGUUUUGCACUUUGGGAUCAGCCUGGAAAUGAAACCAGGAGUCAGAUCAGCAGGCUGUUAAUGUGUGUUGCAAAUGCAUCAUCAAGCUCAUUAAGACUAAUGAAGAUGAUGGUGCUCAUAAAUUAGGCUGCUGAAUACUUACUAAAGCCGUCUUUGGUGCCAAUAACCUCCAGUGGCCUUAUGGUAAAAUAGCUGACUCAUUAGUUGUCAUCCAAUCCAAGUUCUUACUGUACUGAUAUGAUUUCCAUUGUCUUUACUUCUGGCCUGUCCUCAGGCCCUGACAUGUGGCACUCAGUGAGGUUUUUCUGUCACUUCUUACAUCAUGUAGCACAAUGGUUUUAAUCGAUUUAGAAACGUCGCUUCUAGCUGAAGUUUUAGCUUCGUUUCACAAUCAGAAAAAUCAUGAUUUAUCAUUGCUUCCACUAAGUAGGUCAUGUUUUCGGUUUGGUUUGUUUGUCAGAAGGAUUACAGAAAAACUACUGACCCGAUUUUCAUGGAACUUGGUGGAAGAGCGGACACACACAUUACUUUGCACUUUCAUUAACAUUGUGUUAAGUGUAUGGUCUGGUGGAGGUUUGUGCUCUCUGAGUGCCCUUCUAGUUUCAUAUGUAAUGGAAACUGAAAAAAAGACUGAGGUUUGAUUGAUUGGCAGGGAUGUAGUUGUCGUUGGUUACCAAGGAGGAAGUGAGUAUACUCUCCUAUAUAUUCCAAUAUUGAACCAAAGAGAGCGACUUGUUCUUCCUCGUGCUUUUCAAUCUUAGAAAUGAGGCACCAACAACUUUCUGUUCACACGGUGACGGAGCGUAUUUAUGGGUGUAAUUAGCUGUGGUGUUGUGUCUAUGAUGUGGUCAUUCACCACAUCACACUCCCAACACGGCCUUGAGGCGUUCUUCUUUGUAAGCCCAGGUAUUUGUGAAUGCUGCGAUCACAGUCUGAUUACUAUUCCUCCUUUCUGAUGAAGUCCAAAACAAGAGGCUAUUGAGAUUUAACUGGAUUGAUUUUAGCUACAUUACUGUACUGAGAGAAAUGAAAGAAUUUAUUGUUAUCAACAACUUGGUGCCUUUAUCACAGUGGCAUUACUGUCCAUGUCAGCCUUUUCUUUUUGCUUUGCAUCUAUUUUAUACUGUUAAAUCAAAGCUUCAGCAGAGUCAUACAUCAUGCAGCCUGCUUAGACUACUUGUUUUCUUUGAUAACAGUUUUUGUUUUAUAAUACUUUGAAUCGAUCAUUCAUCAAACAUGUUAAUUUAAAGCCAUCACGUGAAUACUGACCAACAGUGUUUCAGUCUUAACCAGUGUCUUAUAUCUAAUAAAAUAUAUGAACUCAU